CACUCCGAAACUCCCAUUUUAGAUAAACAAACAUGGAGUCCGAGCUCUACGAAGCCACCGUGAAAGGAAACGUGCCUUCUUUGCUCGAGUUGCUCGGAAAAGAUAAGUUGCUUCUCGAUCGAAUCAUGAUCGGGAAUCACACCGAGACUCCUCUGCACAUCGCAGCCAUGCUCGGACACUUGGAAUUCGUGGAAGAGGUCCUAGCUUGGAAGGCCGAGCUGGCAAGAGUGCAAAGUUCUCAGGGAUUGACUCCUCUUCAACUCGCAGCAGCAAAAGGGUACCUUAACAUAGUGGCAAGCUUGUUAAGAGUCGGCCCUGAAAUAUGUUUCGUCCGUGACAAAUACAAAAGAAACCCUCUUCAUGUUGCAGCCAUGAAAGGGCAUGUGGAUGUGUUGGAGUACUUGGUUCGAGCGAGACCUGAUGCAGCCCGUAGUGUCAUCGAACAUGGCCAGACGAUCCUGCAUUUAUGCGUGAAGCACAACAGACUGGAAGCUUUGAAGCUUUUGAUAGAUAUCUUGGGCGAUGAUCAGUUCAUCAACUCGAAGGACGAAGAUGGCAACACGAUUUUGCAUUUGGCUGCUGCUGAUAGACAAAUUGAGACUAUUGACUUCCUGAUUAAUAAAGAAGCAAAUCUGAGCAUCACGAACUCGAGAGGUUUCACAGUACUAGGCCUAUUAGCGCAAGGCCAAAGCGCGGAAAGAGUCUCAGAGAUUAUGGAGUCUGUUCCACGAACUUUAGAGAAUCCGAAUAACCCGGUCACCACCUCCCAUCCACCUGUCGGAGAAGAGGACAAGAAGGAAAGGAAGAGAAAGUGGCAAAAGAGUAUGCAUCAGUCACUAAUGGUGGUGGCGACACUGGUAGCUACCAUAGCAUUCCAAGCUGGUAUGACCCAGACUGACAAAUUCGAUAACCACCUGGAUGAGCACAGAGAUUUUAUAGUAUAUAACACGAUAAGCUUCAUCGCAUCACUCAGCGUCAUUUUGCUUCUCAUAAGCGGUCUUCCUUUAAAGCGGCGGCGGAUCUCCACGUGGAUUGUAAUGCUGACUAUGUGGGUUGCAAUAACCUCCACAGCCGCGACUUAUGGGAUCAUCCUAGGAGUCUUCUCCCCAGAGGAGGACAAAAAACAUGCUGAUGAUGCAGGUAAAACUGCGGUGCAGGUAUGGGUUAGAUUGAUGGAAGCUAUUUUCCUGUGCCACAUAGUUCGCUUAAUCCUGAAAUUGGCACGCAAAGUCCUGAAGUUCGUCUCCAGCGCCUUGAAGAAACAGAAGCCGCGGGAUCACAUACCUUAGCGCCAGCAUUUCGCUCCAAGUGUGCUUGUCCCAGAAGAAGGGCACUGAGCCGUGAGGCCAUGCAAGAUUAGAUGCUAUAUACUAUGUGAUAUUCAGUGUGCCGACCGGACAAAUCAUCUACGAUACAUUUGAGAAUGCUUAUGUGUGUGUAUGUGCUUGUUAAAACAAUUAAUGUCUUAACUGGAUGGAUGUUUUACUUGAU